AUGAAGACAGAUGGAAUGGCAGAUCCUGCUAGUUAUGUCUAUCAGGAACGUGACAUCGACCAAGCACUUAUCAUUUUGAAAAAGGGAACACAGUUACUCAAGUACAGUCGGAAAGGAAAACCUAAGUUUCGUGCAUUCAGGCUUUCUCCGGAUGAAAAAGCGUUGAUUUGGUUUUCGCAUGGAGAAGAAAAAGGUUUGAAGUUAUCAGAAGUUUCUCGAGUCGUCCCAGGGCAAAGAACUGCUGUUUUCAAGAGAUUUUUACGUCCAGAGAAAGAUCACUUAUCAUUUUCACUUCUAUAUAAUAACAAAGAAAGGUCACUUGAUUUGAUUUGUAAAGACAAAGCUGAGACAGAGGUUUGGUUUGCUGCCCUUAAGUAUAUAAUUGAAAGAAGUCGUAAUAGACGUGCAAGAAGUGAGAUCCCUGAGAUACAUGACAGUGAGUACUUCUCCACUGGUCGCCAAUCAAUAGACAUUGUCUCAAACAAUGUUCCAAGAGGUAGAACAUCAAUCGAUCUAGGAUAUGAACGUGGAAACAUGUUAAGACCAAGUACGGAUGGUUUUCGGAUUAGUGUCUCGAGCACACCAAGUUGUUCAAGUGGAGGUUCUGGUCCGGAUGAUAUAGAAUCAUUAGGUGACGUUUACGUAUGGGGUGAAGUUUGGAGCGAAGGGAUACUACCAGAUGGGACUGUUAGCAAAGAAACGGUGAAAACAGAUGUGUUAACUCCAAGACCCUUGGAAUCAAACGUUGUUCUUGAUGUUCACCAGAUUGUUUGCGGUGUAAGGCACGUCGCGCUUGUGACGAGACAAGGAGAAGUGUUUACUUGGGGAGAAGAAGCUGGAGGUAGGCUUGGACAUGGUAUUCAAGUCGACAUUAGUCGUCCCAAACUCGUAGAGUUUCUUGCUUUAACCAACAUAGACUUUGUUGCUUGUGGAGAGUAUCACACUUGUGUUGUAUCCACCUCUGGGGACUUGUUUUCAUGGGGAGAUGGAAUACACAAUGUGGGUCUUUUAGGGCAUGGUAGUGAUAUUAGCCAUUGGAUACCAAAAAGAGUCUCUGGUCCAUUAGAAGGUCUCCAGGUACUAUCUGUUGCUUGUGGCACAUGGCAUUCAGCUUUAGCAACUGCAAAUGGGAAGCUAUUCACUUUUGGUGAUGGUGCUUUUGGUGUUUUGGGACAUGGAAACAGAGAAAGCGUUUCCAACCCUAAGGAAGUACAAUCCUUAAACGGUUUGAAAACCGUGAAAGUUGCUUGUAGCGUUUGGCAUACCGCGGCGAUUGUUGAGGUUAUGGGUCAGACCGGUACGAGUAUGUCAUCUAGGAAGUUGUUUACUUGGGGUGAUGGUGAUAAAAACAGAUUAGGGCAUGGGAACAAAGAGACUUACUUGCUACCCACGUGUGUCUCUUCACUUAUUGAUUACAACUUUCAUCAAAUUGCUUGUGGGCAUACAUUCACCGUCGCACUCACAACCUCAGGACAUGUUUUCACAAUGGGUGGGAGUUCACAUGGUCAGCUCGGUAACACAAUAUCUGAUGGUAAAGUACCUUGCUUGGUGCAAGACCGAUUGGUCGGAGAAUUUGUGGAAGAAAUAGCCUGUGGGGAUCAUCAUGUUGCAGUUUUGACAUCUAGAAGUGAAGUUUUUACGUGGGGAAAAGGUGCUAAUGGAAGAUUAGGACAUGGUGAUACGGAAGAUAGAAGAACACCAACAUUAGUUGAAGCCUUGAAAGACAGACAUGUGAAGAGCUUAUCUUGCGGCUCAAACUUCACAUCUAGUAUAUGUAUACACAAGUGGGUCUCCGGAGCAGAUCAGUCAAUCUGCUCCGGAUGUCGUCAAGCAUUUGGAUUCACACGUAAGAGACACAACUGCUACAACUGUGGCUUAGUCCAUUGUCAUGCUUGUAGUUCAAAGAAAGCUCUGAAAGCAGCACUGGCUCCAACUCCAGGGAAACCUCAUCGCGUAUGCGAUGCUUGUUACAACAAACUUAAAGCAGCCGAAACUGGUUAUACCACUAAUGCAAACAGGAACAAUGUUGCAACGCCCGGACGGUCAUCAAUAGAUGGUUCGGUAAGAAUAGAUAGAGAAACAGCGAGGUCAUCUAAAGUUCUCUUGUCCGGAAAUACUAAAUCAGUCAAGACAUCAAGGCAUGGAUUUAGACCAAACUCUUCUAAUGUCCGUGACUCGCAAGUUCCAUCUCUCCAACAACUAAAGGACAUUGCAUUCCCCAGUCUACUAAAACCUAUUGCUCCUGCUGCUGUUCCGCCGCGUCUACUAGUCGGACCAAUGUCAUCGCCUCCAGCUACAAGAUCCUCAUCGCCUUUACAUGGAAGAUCUUCAUCGCCAUACGCAAGAAGAUCUAGCCCUCCACGCACUUCUGGAUUUUCAAGAAGCGUUAUUGAUAGUUUGAAGAAGACUAAUGAAGUUAUGAACCAAGAAAUGACGAAGCUGCAGAGUCAGGUUAAGAACUUGAAAGAGAAGUGCAAUAAUCAAAGAACAGAGGUCCAUAAAUUUCAAGAAGCAGCUAAAGAAGCUUUUGAAUUAGCUGCAAAACAAUCUUCUAAGCAUAAAGCAGCUACAGAAGCCCUAAAAUCUGUUGCAGAACAGUUAAAAGGAUUAAAGGAUAAACUACCACCUGAAGUAUCAGAGAGUGAGGCUUUCGAGUCCAUUAACUCUCAAGCUGAAGCUUAUCUAAAUACAAACGAAGUAUCUGAAACAUCUAUACUUACAACUUCGAUACUUGAUCAACAAGAAACAUCUCCUUCCGGAAACACACAAGAUCAAAAGGUUGAUGAACAAGUAUCAUCGAACUCAAGUGUAUCCGAAACGUCAAAUUCAUCAAAACCAGUACCAACAGAAUCUUCAUCAUCAUCAACAUCAUCAAGAGGUGGAAAGGAAAGUAAAGAACAGUUUGAACCUGGCGUUUAUGUGACUUUUGUUGUAGACAUUAAUGGCAACAAGAUUUUCCGACGAGUUAGAUUCAGUAAAAAGAGAUUUGAUGAGCAUCAAGCAGAAGAGUGGUGGACUAAAAACAAAGAUAGGUUGCUUAAGUGGUAUAGUCCAAAUUCAUCAUCAUCAUCACCAAAACCAACGGCUUCCGAUUCACCUAUUGCUCCUCCACCGCCAUCGGAACCACCAUUGGAUCCGUCAGUUCCUGAGAAGAGCAAGGACGAAGAACCAGAAGUCCCUGAGAAGAGCAAUGAGGAAGAACCAGAUUCUGAAAUCUAA